GCUGGCAACAAGAGGCCACCUUCAAAAGACCUGCUCAUGCGCUGGGUGAAGGAUGCCUGGGAUUCUAUUACUCCAGAGGUUUGAAAUGUUCAUUUGCUCUCAGAUUCAGUUUCAAUAUGUUGUCAUUAAUCUCAGUGUUAAUGUUCAUUUGUUUUCUUGCAUGUUUCAACAUUUAUGUCCAGCUGAUAAGAAAGUCCUUUCUCAAGUGUGGCUUGUCAAAUGCCAUGGAUGGCACAGAGGAUGACUUUCUGCUCCGUGAGUCUGACGAUGAGGAUGACCCAUUUGAGGGCUUCACUCAAACUGAAGCAGCAUGUGCUGAAGAGUUCCACCUGAAUACUCAGUUAAUUCUUGACGAGAGGCAGUAUGGUGAGGAAUCUGGCAGUGAGAGUGAAACUGAGGACUUUGACAUGCUUGAGGACCCAAACUCACCUGGACAUUAAUGAUCGCAUAUUUAAAUGUUUUUAGUCUGGUUUUAUUUAUUAUUAAUUUCAAGCCUAGUCUACAGGUACCUAGUCUACUUUCUGCAUCCGCCCCAUGUUUUUAUUAAAUUAUUGCCAAUAAAGAUUUUUAGAGAUAUUUCAUUCGGGUAUUUCACAAUCCUUUUAAACAUUAGUCUAGUCAAUUUCAUUAACUAUUUAUUGUAAUUUUAUGUAUUUAAUAUGUCUGAUUUUAAAUAAAUAGCAUAGUAAUAACAUGUUGUGUUGUGAUAGAGUUACCGCCCCAAGACCGUUCGUUAAAAUAAUGCAUCAUCAUUCAUGACGUCACGAUUUCCCAUCAUGCAACGUAAUUUCUUCAGGUGUUCGUGUAAAUAACACACAAUAGUGUAUUUAUAUACUAAAUUUGUCGUCUAGGAGCUCACAAUUCAAGGUAAAAACAUAACAUAUAGCAUAUU